CAGCCGACCCUGCGACGAUAUCAGCCGACCCUGCGACGAUAUCAGCCGACCCUGCGACGAUAUCAGCCGACCCUGCGACGAUAUCAGCCGACCCUGGCUGCUGCCUCCGAUCUCCCGCCAAACCCGCCUGCCGAAAUGACCAUCAUCCAGUCGCCUCUGUCCGACAAACCCAUCCCAAUCUGCUCGAUCUCCGACUUUCUGUGCCGGCCAGAUCUGCACACCCCUGUCGACCGUCCGGCCUUGGUCGAUGCCGAGACUCGUCACCAGCUCUCGUAUCCCCAGUAUGUCGAUCUGGUUGCGAAGGUGCGAUCCCGACUGCUCGCCCGGCCAGGGUUCUGCAAGUGGGACGUCGUUGCCAUCUAUUCCCGGAACUCAAUAUGGUUUCCAGUCGUCUCGAUGGGUGUGCUCCAAGCAGGCGGAACAGUCACGCCCGUGAGCCCAAACUACACCCAUUCCGAGUUGCGAGGCCAACUGGCUGACUCGGGAGCAAAGCUCCUGUUUACGACAAGAGAGCUGCUGCCUGUGGCUCUGGAGGCCAUCCAGGGACUCGAUGCCAUCGCCGUCCAGGAUAUUGUGUUGAUGGACGGCCUUGGUGCCAUCGACACAUCAGGUCCUGCUUCCUUGCACGAUUGGCUCAACGACUCGGAUGGCUCGGUCGCUGCUGUAAAGUCUGGGCCGAGCUUCUCUGAGGAGGAGCUCAAGACCCGGCCGGCCAUCCUUUGCUAUUCCUCGGGGACCACGGGACGCAGCAAGGGCGUCAUGACAAGCCACUUCAACAUCGUCGCUGAUAUCGUCAUGAACAUGGCCACCGAAGAGACCGACUCGAGCGAGACGCCCGAUCGCAUCUGGGUGGCCCCGCUGCCGAUGUGUCAUAUCUUUGGCAUGCACAAUAUCCACAUGAGCAUGGCACUGGGCGCUACGCUCGUUGUGCUGCCACGAUACGAGCUCCAUGCUUUCUGUAGGACCCUCCAGGACUUCAAGGCCACCCGCGCAUACGUUGUGCCGCCGAUCAUCCUGGGUUUCCUGCGCAACCCCGGCAUUGCUGCCCAAUACGACCUGGGCUCCGUCCGGCUGUUUCGCUCGGGCGGAUCAAGCAUCGGAAGAGAGACAGUCAAGCAGUUUCGGUCGACCUUUCAGAUUGGACUGUCGCAGGGAUUUGGAAUGACCGAGCUGAGUCCCGCAUCCAUUAUCGUACCCGAUGGCAACAACCCUGUGUACGAUGGGACCAUCGGCAUUCUGCUGCCCAACCAGCAGGCCCGCAUUGUGGACCCAGAUUCCGGACGAGAUCUUGAUCGCUGGGAGACUGGGGAGCUCCUCAUCCGGGGUCCAAAUGUCAUGGUUGGAUAUCAUCGUCGGCCUGAGGAAACGCAAAACACCAUCACCACCGACCGCUGGCUCAGAACAGGGGAUCUUGUUCGGCGUGAUGAUCACGGCAACUUCUGCAUCGUGGACCGCAUCAAGGAGCUCAUCAAGUACAAGGGGUUCCAAGUGGCCCCUGCUGAGCUUGAGGCGGUUCUGCUGACCCAUGCCUAUGUUGCCGACGCUGUUGUCGUCGGCAUCCCCGACCGGAACGCCGGCGAGCUCCCCAAGGCAUUCGUGGUUCUCAAGAACCGCAGCUCUGUUCAUGGCAUGCCCCUGAAUGCUGCAACCGUCUGCGAGACGAUCAGGGCGUUUGUGGACAGUCAGGUUGCCGUCCACAAGCGUUUGCGCGGCGGAGUGGCCAUCAUCAGUCAGGUUCCCAGGGCGCCGAGCGGCAAGAUCCUGAGGCGAGUGGUGCGAGGGUGGAUCGCCGAGGGGCCACGCAGCAAACUGUGAGAGGCAGCGCUGUAUACUGUCUGGCGUUGA